CUAGAUUUUGCGCACCGUAUAAUGGCCCUGUGAAUGACUGUAUGUACGUCACAUGGCGUGGAAAACCCGGCUUCUGCUACGGAGUUGCCCAAAUAACAUGAUUAUAGAGUGUGUCCUGUGUGUCGGGUUUCUUUCAGUACGCCGAACGAAAGGAAGCUACCAUAAAAACACAGGCGUUGUUAGCUCAAAAAUUUUGCUUUGUAUUUUAUACUAGUAAUAGUGAAUAGUGAUUUCAUGUCGAGAAUAAUGUUGGAAAGAUACACAUAGUUUAGGAAAGACUUUUAGUUUAAAGUUCGAGCUGUUUUGUAAGUUUUUAGUUUCGUUGGUGAGAAAUAACGUUAUAUGCUAGAUAGGGCUGUGCUUCGAAGAUCCUGAAGAAACAGAACUACCGAUUUUUUUUAUUAAUUACAAUGGCAACUUUUGAGACUGAAAUUAGAAAAUUGCCAGCUACAGAGUUGUACACCUUAGCAAUGUACCUGAACGAGUCGAAUUACUGGAAGAAAUUGAUGGAAAUCGUCCCGGACGAUGAAAACGAAAACGUCUCAUUGUUUAGCCCCAAUCAUUAUCGUAUGAUUGAGCAAGCUAUCCACCAACAAAGGCGAUCCGGUGCUGAGAUAUUUCUCUCGGAAUGGAGCACUAUAGGCAAAUAUCGCCCUACUUGCAAAUUGUUACUCGAUUUGCUUGUCAAACUAGAGUUUUUCAAAGCUGCAGAUUAUUUAGCCGUCGAAGUGUUGAAAAUCGAUGCUCCCGAACGUCCAAAACAGGGUCCAGCUGCAGUCAUCGAUAUUUCCGAUGAGAUGUUAGAAAAAAUCUUGAAAGAGCAGGCCGCUCUAGUAACACAAAGUGAAGAUGAAUUAACGUGUUCUGUAAAUUAUGUAGAGGAACCAUUAAACUUAGUAGUACGCACUGAAAAUAUUCAGGCAGACGUCGAACAUUCGGAUUUAAUAGAAUUCAGCGUUGACAGAUCAGAUAUGAUAAAAUUUAGUAAAACUAUUGACGAUAUAAAAUAUGUACCAGAUCAAGUUUCAUAUAUGCCGAAACCUGGUACUGAAUCCGCCGCUGAUAAAUAUGAGUGCGCGCCGGAGAAUUACGACUUGCAAGUCGUCGCGUCUGAAAAUAUUCCUCUGUGCGUAAACGAUAACGACGAAAUAUAUUCGAACGACAAUAACACAAUGGAAACUUCAACGAUAGAGAGAACGAUGUCGUCAUCGUCAAUCGAUAACUUUGACACAACUACGCCAACUGCUUCAGAAAGUGACAUACCCAUUGCUGUACUCAAGUAUAGUGACAGAAUGAACAAGAAUACGUGA